CGCCCCGAGACACGUCAGUCGGCCCCUGCCCCCUGCCACAGCCGUCCUGAUGUAUGUUGCGGAGUGCACUCCGCACUCAUCUACAGGCUCCAAAGCUUUCCUACCGCCAGUAUGCCCGUAAUCCACGUCCCUCUUCUCCCAGACCUCCCCGGAAGGAGGUCUAUCUCCUCAAACCUCGUAGCCUCAUCAACAUAUUCCUCAAGCACUCUCCUCAUCCCUCCCUAGCGCUGAUUGCUCCUGCGCUUACUCCACCACUCGAACAAGGCUCUUCUGACGAUGCCAACUCUCAGGGGGACAACGAAUGGCUCCACAUCGUUCAAGCUCCCAACCUCGCGUCUGCUCUCGACCAUGUCGAUCACAUUCUCUCCACCGAGGCUGCUCAAUCUCAGAGCCCCUCCCCUGCUUCUGUGCUGCCCACCUCGGUCAUCUUCUCCGUCCUCUCCAAACCUCCCUCUACCGCCUACGAAGCGUUUGCCGCUACACUCCUCGCACUCAAUCAUCCUCAGGCCUCCCACGAGCUUUUCCCCCUCGUUCACCUGCUCUCUGCCUACUGGCUUGCCAAUUUCGCUCUAUACGCCCCCCUUCAUUCUGUCGUCCUCCGCCUCAUCUAUGCCAAGAAUGAACCACAAAGCCUCCACGUGGCUCUCAUGCUCCGCAUUCUCGCCCAGGUUAAGCCAGCAAACGAACUGCAACCCAUGAUGGCCCUCCUCCUUGACGUUGCUACGCGCAGGCAUCUCGACCUGGGUGUCAGGACGUAUCGCGCCAUCUUGGAGAACCCUGCCACCACCGGCUACAUCGCCAAGAAGGUUGAGCAGCACAUGGAAGCCCGAGGUUACUCGCCCAACCUUUCCCACUCGCACGCUUUCGUUCGCAUAUAUGGCCUAGCGGGCAAGCGCACGGUUGCUGCGAGGUUCUGGAGACGGAUCCGUCAUGGGGAGUACUAUGGUCGGAAGGCGGAGUACGUUAAUGACAGUCGAUCCCAGGCUCUCCUGCUCGAAGGGACAUUGCGCGCUUCGAAGAAGCCCAAACAAGUGAGCUUAUACAUCAAGUACCUGCUCGAGACCACAGCGCGUGCGGUCGCGGACCCUACUGUACGCCAAAGCGACCAGACGCCUAUGCUCCCUGGCCCGAGUGGGAUUCCGAAGAAGGUGUUCAUGGCAGCCCUCCGUGUCAUGGCCAACAACCUCCGGAUUCCAUCGCGUCAUCUACUCAGCAUCCUGCGCUCAGGGCUGGAAAGUCUUGGUGGUGGUACCAAGCGACUCUGGUGCUACUCCGUUGUCAUCAAGGGCCUACUCAAGAGGGCCGAGUACGACGAGGCCGCAGGGCUCCUUGAGGAGAUUUGGGAGGAGAGGGACAAGUUUAGUGCGCCUGAGACGACGGUCGCCGUCGAGGCUCUGACCAUGGCUGGCCGACCAGAUGCCGCAUUCCGCCUUCUCCUUUCGCUUGUGCCCGAACGAGACAUAGCAAGUGGUACGAGUCGACUCGGGCCAGGAGACAACGGUGUGCUCCUACCGAGGACGUACGCCCCAGCCGCAAAGACCAUUGACACCCACGCCGUGAACAGCUUCAUGGUCUCCCUCCUCCGCAUCGGCCGUCUGGACGCCGUCUUCUUCAUCUGGGACACUAUGCCUCGCCUCUUCCGCGUCGAGCCUGACUCCGUGUCGCUUGCGAUCGUGCUCAAAGCGGCGCGGUACGCGCGCAAGAACGAGGGCGCAUUGCAAGUCGCCAUCGCGGACUUUGGCCUCGGACGCGUGCUGCCGCGCAAGGUUCAGGCGGCGCACGAGGACUGGACGAAUUUAGGGAAAGACGAGGCCAAGGCCGCUCUGCAGGCGCUGUUGGCAACGGACGAGAAGCGCACCGGCACUGCGUUUUGGAGAGGCGAGAGGGCCGGGGCGGUCGCGCUGCGGAUCGCGUCUGAGGUGCUGACGACGAACUGGCCAGAGCUCAGAGGGUUCACCGCGCCGUUCCAGGCCGUGCGGAGGAACGCUGGGGAGCAGGCCACUUCUCCCAUGUCCGACCUCCUGCACAGCUUCGCUUCGCACCCUGGGGACGACGCUCCGGUAGAGGCUGCCUACGGACAUCUAUAUCACGAGGAACAGAGGCUGUAUUUCGGUAUCGUGCCCGAGGACGAUAUGUUCCGCGCGUGGUUCGAUCUCCUCGCAGAGGAGGACGGCGCGGCGCAGAUCCCGCUCAUUCUCACCUGGAUGCGUUACCUCAAGGUACGCCCGUCGCGGGACACACUCGCGACCGCACUUGUCCACUGGGGGGAGGUGACUUUUGAGGGGCCGUGGAUCCAGAGGUUGAGAGGUGGAGAGAGCCAGUAUAUCAAGCUGCUGAAGUGGAUUACGAAGUGGGUAGGGCGGGAGAACGUGCCCGGAAGGAACGAUACGCAGAAAGCGUUGAUGAGGGUCAAAUGGUUCAGGGAGUUAGGGCAAUUCAGGGCAAAGCGGGUGGCAGACAUUGCGAAGGAGAGGUUCAACCUUUAG